AUGGGGACAGCCAGGAACAGCCAAGUGGAGCUGAAACUGCCGCUCCUCGAGAAGCCUAAGACCCCGAAAAACUACAGCCACCCUGAGGUUCUCCGUCACACCUUUGAGACUCUGUCCAACCUUCACAAGCUGCUUCCCAAUCAUCUGAUGGAGCUGCUCCACUCCUGCCAGAGUGAGGAGGACAGGAAAAAAUGUGAGAAUUCGGAAUUCUCUGGCUUAGAAAGGAUCUUGGAAAGACAUCAAUUUCCAAGAGAGAUUAAUCUGACCCCCAAACCAAGCAGUAUGCCCCUGUGGAGAAGGAGGCAAAACAACAGCGCCAAUCAAGGGUGGAAGAAAUGCCGCCUGUGGAGUAAAAGCACAAAGGAGCCUCCGACGUCGACCAUAGUUGUCAGAUGGCUGAAAAAGAACAUGCGACCCAUCGAAGACCUUGCCUCGGUCACGCAGAGGUUGUCGGUGUUCGGGCCGAUAGAGUCGGUGACUCUGUGUGGACGGCAGAGUGCCGUGGUGGUUUUCAAACACAUGGUCUCGGCCUGCAACGCAGUGAGUGCGUUGCAGAGCAGUGCACCGGGCAGCCUGUUCCAGUGCGCCUGGCAGCAGCCGUUCAUGUCGCGAGAGCUGACCCUGCCCCUGACCAAGGGCCCACAGAAGUUCCCCAAGCGCGCUUGA